ACCUAGGAAAGGCGACGGCCGGGCGGUCGUUUUAUUGAUCCCGGGGCGCCGCGGCGCUACCCACCCGCGGCGGGAUCGUCUGCGAGAAAAUUCUCUCCAACAGAAUUUUUACGUUCUCUAUCAUCUAGCUGUACCGUGAAUAUACUUACGCGAACGACAGCGAGGACGGUGACAGAGUGGUUGUUAAUUUUUUCUCGCAAUUUUACACUGGAACGCGAACGAUUGAACGAAACGGAUCGGGGGAGGCGGUACGUAGUAAGUUCCUGGAAGGUGGAUCGAAAUUCCGUGGACUAGGUCGUGCGCGGGGUGUAUGCUACGUCCUCGUCGUCGUCGUCCUCGUCUUCGUCAUCGUUGAGGGUUCGAACUGAUCUGGAAUUGGUGCUAUUGGUGGCGAUCGUGUCGUGGUUUCGCCUAAUUGGUCGUAACGAGGAACACCGGAAAAAGAAACGAUCGGUGACGUAUGACCGUCGUUUAACCGCACUCCGAAGAAAUAACCUAUUAUCCUUCGACGACCGUUCCCUUCGACAAGAGCAAGAUCCGUUUCUCUUCUCUUCAGAGUAUAAUUGUGCGUUAGAACACCGAUGGACUGAGGGCAAGAGAAACUCAGAGGGAGGAAGAAGAAAAAGAAGGUCGCGGUGAUCGUCCGGAAGAAGCUGUCACCGAGCAGCUACGACUUCCAGGAUUGUUCAUGCAACACCAAUGGAGAGCUCAUAAUUCGAAAGGGGGCGCACCGGACCGCCCGAAGGAGGUGUCAUCCGGCUGGUAAUAGCUCUGAUCUCGUUCCUCGUACACGGGGACACGGGAUCGCGAAGCUGUGAUUGUUUCAAUUUCGUUGAAGAUAGUGACAACUAACUUUAGGGUGGGCGCCGCGGCGCCGAGAUGGGCCCCGCCAGCAGCCGCGAACAGAUCGGGGAGCAGAUCGGUGACGAUGAUGGCCUGCAGAUCAAGGCGAAGCCUAUGGCCAAUAACGUCACGGACAGUGAAUAUUCUGUAGAAGAGCAUACAAGAUUAACUGCCACUGAUGGAGCUAGUGAUGAAGCAUCUCCAGAAGAUGAAGGGGGUUCACUGUGCGAAUACCACGAUAUACCACCUCCACCUGAUGGUGGAUAUGGAUGGGUGGUGGUAUUUGCGUCAUUCAUGUGUAACAUGAUAGUAGACGGUAUUGCUUAUACAUUUGGCGUUUUUCUGGGAGAAUUUGUUACAUAUUUUGGAGAAGGAAAAGGAAAAACUGCAUGGGUUGGCUCGUUGUUAUCUGGCAUGUACCUCAGUGCUGGACCUGUUGUCAGUGCUUUAACAAAUAAGUAUGGAUGUAGGGCAGUAUGUAUGGCAGGAAGUUUUUUAGGUGCAGCAGCAUUUGUACUUUCAACAUUUUCAACCAGUGUAAAUAUGCUUAUGAUGACUUAUGGUGUUAUGGGAGGAGUUGGAUUUGGUCUAAUAUAUUUACCAGCAGUAGUUUGCGUAGGUUAUUAUUUUGAAACUAAACGAUCUCUAGCUACAGGCAUUGCUGUAUGUGGUUCAGGAUUUGGCACAUUUGCAUUUCCACCUCUUGUAACAAUGUUACUAGAAGCAUAUAAUUGGAAAGGAGCAAAUUUAAUUCUGGCUGGUCUUAUUUUAAAUUGUGCUGUUUUUGGUGCGAUGAUGAGGCCAUUAGAAUAUCCAAAAGCUUCUUCUGUUAAACCAUUAUUACAAAGAAUGGCGGAAGAAAAAAGAUUUCAAAUGGAACGUGGAAGUAUCGGAGGUUCUUAUUUUAUGGUACAACUGCCUGAUGGAUCUAUGGAGAAAAGAAUGAAAAUGCCUAUUAACAUUGAUCCUGGUGUUCAUUCCAGUUUCAAUUUAGACCAAUUAGUGCCUGGAACUCCUUUAACACCAGUUCCAACGGUGCCAACCCUGCCCACUAUAUCGGAGGUGAAAGUACAAGAACACUCUUCCAGUGGAGCAACUAGUAAUAGUGGCAGUAUGGACUUAAAGAGUAUUUCCACUAAAUCAAAAAGCAGAAAAAAUAUCGAUGAUACCAAAGAUACAAAAGAUAUGUCAGAAAAGUCUGAAAGCGAAUUCAAACCGAUAAUUCCUAGAAAUGCUUCUCAACCUGCUUUUACAACUCACGUACAAGGUUUACCUAAAAAUGGCUCUGUACCCUUUUUCGAUCGAAUCCGUAAAACUAGCACUAGCGAGAGAUAUAAACCAAGUCUUAGUGCGAUUAAGAACUCUAGAACAACGUUGAAUUCUAAUGGCGAUAUUAGAAAGAGUUUGCACUUAAGACUUUCGACGAGCAGCGUUAUGGGUUCUCGGAAUAAUAAUGCAGAAAUAGAUGUAGAUGGAGAAAGUAUUACUUUUACUACCAGCAAAUCUAGUAUACCAAAAGAGAAACCACAAAUUAUUCGACCACUAUCGCGGAAGGAUAUAUUUUACAGUGGCAGCGUGGUUAAUUUACCAGAAUAUCAGAGUCAAAAAUCACUUGCAAAUUAUCGUCAAAGCGUUCUUUCACUAUCAAAAUCCGUACGUGGAGAUGUUAAAGAUACCGACAUUGAAAAGGCGCCUCAACAACCUCUAUGUCCCUGUUUGGUAUUACCUGAAUCGUUUAAAGAAGCUUUGUCAACGAUGAUGGAUCUAUCUUUACUAAAGGAUCCAGUGUUUCUUUUAAUUGGUAUCAGCAAUGUAUUUGGAAUGGCUGGAUUAUACGUUCCGUUUGUAUAUCUAUUAGACGCUGCGGUCUUAGAUAAUAUCGACAAGACUCUUGCGUCAUAUUUGGUAUCUAUAAUUGGAAUUACUAAUACUCUGGGCCGUGUAGCUUGUGGAUAUAUCGCGGAUUUUCCACAAGUAGAUUCACUGUUGUUGAACAACAUCUGCUUAAUUAUAUCGACAGUUGCUGUAGCUGCGAUACCGUUCUGCCAUUCUUAUCCUGCUUAUAUCAUUAUGAGCAUUCUUUUCGGUAUAGCUAUAUCUGGAUACAUUUCUUUGACGUCGAUUAUUUUGGUAGAUCUCUUAGGGCUAGACAAAUUGACCAAUGCAUUUGGUCUUUUAAUCUUAUUUAGAGGAGCUGCAGCUAUUAUUGGUUCACCUUUGGCGGGUGCCGUUUAUGACGCAACACAAAGCUACAGUAUCCCAUUCUUUAUGGCAGGAUUUUUCUUCCUUAUAAGCACGGUUACUAGUUUCAUGGCGCCAGCUAUGAAACGGUGCACAACGCCGCAGACUCAGCCUGUGAUAUUAGAUACAUUGACUCCAAUUGAUGAAGAUAUCGAAGAAGAGAACGAAGAAGAUAUUCCUGAAAUAGUAGAAACUGCACCAUCUCCACAAGAACCACCCGAGAAGGAAAUUAAACAAAUAGAGUCUGUUUUAUAAAGUCUGGUCCACAUAAGGAGAGAGAAAUAGCCUUCAUCUCCGAGCCACACUGUGAUAGGGCUGUUACUUCUAAAAGGUCUGAAAAAGGUACUUCUUCGUUAUACAUUCUAAUGGAUAAAGCACAAAUUAAUGAGUACAACCUGAUGGUAUUUUUGACGUACUUAGAAUUUUUGCAAUUAUAUACCUAAUUUUUUUUAUGAAACUAAUAUAUAAAUAUAAAUAUAAAUAUAAAUCUUACACACUUACACGUGCGAGCGCGUGUAAACAUACACACGCACACACACACAAACAAACAAACAAACAAAUACGUGUAACAAUGUAAAAAAUGCCAUCAGGUGGAAAACUUCAUUUGCCUAUGUCAAUAGUAGAUAAUAGAUAGAAGAAUUUAUUAACUUAAUCAGUAUAGAAUGAUCAGUAUAAAAAAUAAUGAAAAAGUGAAAAAAAUGCUUUUGCACUUGCAUAUCGAAGUAAUGUUGAAAGAAUAUUAAUCUUCGUCGUAAGUGAUAAAUAUUAUGAUUUAGAAUAAGAAUGGUCAAUCUCAAUAUUUUGCGACUGGCUCUCUCCUUUAGGCUUGUUUAUCUUCAUUAUAGUACUUCUUAAGGAUACUUAGCCGCGUUCUACUUUUUGAGCGACGUUUUACUUGUCGAACACAACGAAAGAAACGUUUGUUAUACUAUGUCGACUUAUCGUGUUAUUUACGUUAGCGCGUAUCGCAUUUGACUUUUAAGGUUGCACACGUGGACAAUUCACGCAAUGAUUGACCAUUCUUAAUCGAGAAUACCCCACCUACGAGUUGUUACUUAAAUCUAUUUUUGGUCACGAUCCAAAGAUAUGUAUAAUUCCAAUUAAAUUACAUUCAGAGAAAUAUUUUUCUUGCAUACACAACAAAUGUAUAUACAUAUUAUAAGUGAAGAAACUGUGGAUUAGGCGACAUACAGAUAGAUUCGCUAUUGCGAAAAGAAUUGUAAAUAAUUAUAUAGGCAAUUGUAAAAUAGUGUAUAACGAAUUUCGAAACUAGACAAAUAGAAAAUGAUUUCUGUUUCGGGACCUCAUUACCGUAUGUCCCUGUAUUAAUAUAUUGAUUAUAUGAACAAAUAACACGUUAGGUAGAGAUUAAUUAAAUAUAUUAAUGAUAUUCAGCUAGAAUGUUUAUUUUACUUAAUGUAUAAAAGGACAUAAGUCGUCUGAUGCAUCUAGUUUGUGUAAAUUAAUAGUUUUUUUUAGUUGACCGAGAAUCUACUGUCGGGAAGAAACGUGACACGUUAGUUGCAUAUUAAUUAACACAAACUAAUUCUCGACUAAUACACGUGCUGUUCGAUUCUCGUCCCCGUGAGUCUCGGCAGCUGUAGUUUGUCGUGUCGCUUACACACGUAAGUAACUAAUUAAAUAUUGAUUAUCGAGAGUAGAGAGAAUGUUAUUCAAUUACAUAAAUAUAAUACUUUUUAUUCACAAACGCAUACACGCCUAUGAUCAGUAUAAAUAUAUAAAUUUAUGUAUGCCCAUGUAAAUUUAUAUAUUUAUAUACACAUAAUGAACGACAAAAGAAGAUAAUUGUAAAUCUUGUUAAACGGCAUACAACAAAUGUUAUACUUGUAUGUACAUUGUAUAUACGGUGAUUAUUGGUAAGCGGCUACGGUGAUUAAUUAUCGAUACGUAUGCAUAAGACUCGGAAGAUUUAAAAAAGAUAGGAAGAAAGAACCGUUAUUAUGGAUAAAAAGCAAAAGGAAGAGAAAUAUACCAACAGUGCUAUUAUCAUCACUGCUACUGCUAUCACUAUUACCAUUAUUAUUACUACUACUAUUACUACUAUUAUUAUACUAUAUUAAUUAGUACAACUAUCGCGACACUUAUUUUUAUUCUCACGAUUGUCGUACAGGAGACCGUGUUUUUGUGAUUUGAAUUGGAAUAUAAUGUAUACAUGUUAUUCAGUCGAAAAGGUAUAUGUGUGCACGCGUGUCGCCGCGGCAAAAGUGCUACCAGUUACACUUACACACAUAUAGAGUAUAUAUAAUAUCGACGCGCGUGUUCAUGUGACAUUUCGCAUGCGCAUGUUUCGUAUGUAUGUAUGUUAGUAAGAACAGGCGGGAUUCUAGUAGAGAUACGCAAAGUAUGUGUGUGUCGUGUGUGCAUAAUAGAUGCAUAUAUAUAUAUAUAUACAUAUACAUGAUACGUGUAUACAUGUGUAUAUAUAUAUACAUAUAUAAACGAACGUUUCAACACACAUGCGCACGACUUAAUCCUGUGCAUAUGUUAAAAAAGGAAAACAAUAAAAGAAAAAAAAAAGUGAAGUAUAUAUGCUAUGGUACAAAGAAGGACAAAUGUAUUAGGCGACGUUUAUUGAAAUUGAAGAGGAAUUAUGAAUUUUUAUUACUGAAA